CUCUCCACUGCUCCGUCCAGCGCGUCCACCUCCCAAACCCCUACUCCCCCAGGAAGCAAUGGCUUCCCCCACCCAGGGCCAGGUCAUCACCUGCAAAGCGGCGGUGGCGUACGAGCCGAACAAGCCACUCGUGAUCGAGGACGUGCAGGUGGCGCCGCCGCAGGCCGGCGAGGUCCGCGUCAAGAUCCUAUUCACCGCGCUCUGCCACACCGACCACUACACCUGGAGCGGCAAGGAUCCUGAGGGUCUUUUCCCUUGCAUUCUUGGCCACGAAGCUGCCGGAAUUGUGGAAAGUGUCGGUGAAGGAGUAACUGAUGUGCAGCCUGGGGAUCAUGUCAUUCCUUGCUACCAAGCAGAAUGCAAAGAAUGCAAGUUUUGCAAGAGCGGAAAGACCAACCUCUGUGGUAAGGUCCGGAGUGCCACAGGCGUAGGUGUCAUGAUGAAUGAUAUGAAGAGCAGGUUCUCUGUAAAUGGAAAGCCCAUUUACCAUUUCAUGGGGACAUCAACAUUCAGCCAGUACACUGUGGUGCAUGAUGUCAGUGUUGCAAAGAUCAACCCACAGGCACCCUUAGAUAAAGUCUGCCUGCUCGGUUGUGGUGUUCCUACUGGUCUUGGAGCGGUGUGGAAUACUGCAAAGGUUGAAUCUGGCUCAGUUGUUGCUGUUUUUGGCCUUGGAACAGUUGGACUUGCAGUUGCUGAGGGAGCAAAAGCUGCUGGUGCUUCUCGAGUUAUUGGCAUUGACAUCGACAAUAAAAAGUUUGAUGUUGCAAAGAACUUUGGAGUUACAGAAUUUGUUAACCCAAAAGAGCAUGACAAACCGAUACAGCAGGUCCUGGUCGAUCUUACAGAUGGCGGCGUGGAUUACAGCUUUGAGUGCAUUGGAAAUGUUUCGGUUAUGAGGGCUGCACUGGAAUGCUGCCACAAGGGCUGGGGAACCUCCGUCAUCGUCGGCGUCGCCGCCUCUGGCCAGGAGAUCGCCACACGACCAUUCCAGCUCGUGACUGGGCGUGUCUGGAAGGGAACCGCUUUCGGUGGCUUCAAGAGCCGGACCCAGGUCCCAUGGCUUGUUGACAAGUACAUGAAAAAGGAAAUUAAGGUGGACGAGUACAUUACGCACAACAUGAACCUGGCUGACAUCAACGACGCCUUCCACCUGCUGCACGAAGGUGGCUGUCUGCGUUGUGUGCUGGCAAUGCAGAUUUGAAAUUCCUAAGCUAAGCAGUUUUUGUUUUGGAACUAGAACUCCUUUUUGCCUCGUUAGGCCUGGACCCGCUGUAUAAUGCUAUGUUGUGUUGGAUGGCUGACGAUGGUUACUGCUGUGUUGCUAGCAAUGUGGUACUUGAUCUGUAUCACGGUUGCAAAUAAGUGCUGUUUCUAAAACACUCCCUCUCGGUGAAUAAGGGGUUGUUUGGUUUGAGGAAUCAUUCCAUCCAAAAUGAGGUGGUGCAUCAUAGAUCUAUUCCUC